AUGAUUUCCAAGAGGUUUGAAGAGGUUCUAAAGGUCAAUGAUUUUCACAAAGUAUUUAGGCUCGUCAAUGUGGAGAUUAUUGAUAUUGGCUUACCUAAAAAUAUGGAAGGAGUGAAGGAAGAUACGGUCAAAAGAGUUGUAGUCAUUUUGACUGGGCUCUACCCCUCGAGAGGCAACUACAAGCUCUCGAGCAAACACAGGCGCUCGAGCGGCACGAGUGGCGCUCAAGAGGGAGCUACGAAUCCAGUGCGUAUCCCUAGCGAAUAUGGACAAAUUUUCUCCUAG